UCGGCCGCCGAGCGCUGCCCCCCGGCCGGCAGCCGCCGCGGGGGCGGAGGCAGCGGGCGGGCACCUCCCCGAGCGGCGCCCCCGGUCCUGACGGCGUUUCCGGGCGGGCGAGCCGGGAUGUGCGUCCGGGUUGGGCCGGCCCCAGAGAGCGGUUUCCUCUCGCUCGCCUGCUUCUUCUGCUCGAGCGGUUUCCUCUCGCUCGCCUGCUUCUCCUGCUCCCUGCCUUCCUCCCUCGCCCUCACCGAGGGGAGCGGCGGCGCCGCCGCCCUGCUAUUCAAAGGCUUGAACCCAUAGCUUCCUGAAGAAGCUGCAGAGGCUGUCGGCCACAAAGAUGUUGGAAGAGGAUAUGGAGGUGGCCAUCAAGGUGGUGGUAGUGGGAAAUGGAGCUGUGGGAAAAUCCAGCAUGAUUCAGCGGUACUGCAAGGGCAUCUUUACAAAAGACUACAAGAAAACCAUUGGUGUGGAUUUCCUGGAAAGACAGAUCCAAGUUAACGAUGAAGAUGUCAGGCUGAUGCUGUGGGACACUGCGGGCCAGGAAGAAUUUGAUGCAAUAACUAAGGCCUACUACAGAGGAGCCCAGGCUUGUGUUCUUGUGUUCUCUACAACUGACAGAGAGUCCUUCAAAGCAAUCCCUUCCUGGAAGGAAAAAGUUGUGGCUGAAGUUGGAGAUGUUCCCACAGUUCUUGUGCAGAAUAAGAUUGAUCUCCUCGAUGACUCUUGCAUAAAGAACGAAGAGGCAGAAGCCCUGGCAAAGAAGCUGAGGCUGAGGUUCUACCGGGUGUCAGUGAAGGAGGACCUCAACGUCACUGAAGUUUUUAAGUAUCUGGCAGAUAAGUACCUUCAAAAGCUGAAGCAGCAAACAGCUGAGGAUCCAGAAGUCAUCCAUGCAAGCAGUAACAAAAUAGGUGUUUUUAGUACAGCUGGUGGAAGUCACUCCAGCCAGAACUCUAGCACUCUUAAUGGUGACAUCAUCAACCUCAGACCGAACAAACAGAGGACCAAGAAAAACAGAAGUCCUUUUAGCAACUGCAGCAUACCUUAGACCACUUCAGGAGGACACAAAAGGAAGCCAAGUGAAUUGGACAAAGUUGUGCAACUGAGUAUGAACCAAGCCAGCUGUAGAGGUGUUUUCACCAGAGCUUUAGCAAACCUUGUGCCUACAGGAUCCAGGUGGAUUCAUAUAACCUUGUGAUGCAGCGUGUGUUGGUGUGUGCAGUGAGGCACUGGGUGGUCAGGCACGGAGACGUGGCUGCCCCAUGCACUUUGUCCAAACCAGGCAAGCUUCCCCUCUCCCAAGGAACUGCUCUGAACUGGGUACUGCUGAACUGCAAAGCACAUUUAACCUAAGGCUAGCACUGCCAGCUGUAGAUGCAGACCAGAGCACUACGGCCCAAGGUAAAGCAGCAGCCUCGCAGCCACGCUUCAAAGGUUAGAAUGCGUUAGUCAGGACACAGAAGGCCAAGAGCAGGAGGAGGACACUGCAUUUCAUGCCUCACUGUUGGUAGGGAUCUUGGCACUUCUGCCAGGGCAACAGCCUUGCAUGAUACGGUCCAGGGUUGGGUUGCACCUGCUGAUGUGUGCUUGAUCCCAUGCUGACCUCACGCCAGCUCUGAAACGAGUGCUGAGGUGUGCCUGUAGCCAUCUGGUGUGACCAUGCAGGUUACAUCCCAGUGCAGAUGUUACCUGGAGAUCAGCUGAUGACACAGAAGAGCACCUUCUGAAAAGAACCUUUCCUUUACAAACAUGGUGCUUCAGAUGAGGCUCUCCCAGCUGCCAUUUGCUCUACUUUGGGCCUAAAAACUUAGAUUUAAAAAUGCACAGUGCCAAAAAUGCUCAUUCUUUUUACCUAAUGCAGUGCUUACAGAUGGCUUCUUAAUUUGUCUCCUCUCAGUCAUAACAGGUUGAACAAAUACUGCAGUCUUUGACACUACCAGCUGUUCAGAAGGAACAUCGUGCAGCCCUUCCUGCUCAGAUUGUAUAGCUGCACCCUUGUGUUGUUUAUGCAAAAGGACCUUGCAAAGCGGUUUCAUGAAACACUUCCCUGGAAAAACAAAAUCCAUAGGUACCAUAAACUGAGUUAUGGAGGACCCAGACAAUGCAGCUGAGGUCUGAGCUACAUAAACGAGCAUUUCUUGAAUGUUGUCUCAAAGUUAGCUGCUGGCUACAGAAAAUCUAAUUCUGCAAGAUCAGAGACACGGCAAAACCUUUUCCAAGUGCUUAAGUAGUUUAGCAGAAUCGGUUUAGAUGUUUAGGAGCUCAGGUCCAAAUGCAAGUUAUUUGGACUUAGGCUUCUAAAUCACUAAGGUGCUUUUAAAAUUGCUAAGCAAGUAUCUUACUUACCAAAAAUAAACAGUUUUUAAUCCUCCAGAGCAUGCAUGCCUUCUAAAAACUUAUCACUUUGUUUACACGUUUUUGUAUGCUAAGAGUUUGAACUUUCUAGGACUUCUACAGCAAAGCUGCCACUGACAAAUGCAGAAUCUGCUGCUUGAAGAAAAGCAGAGUUUUAAUGGGUUUUUUUAAAGGUGGAUGGGAAUGCAAACCAGUGGAGGGAUCCUGCCUGGGUUUGGAGGAAGGAUUUUUUUUGCUGUGUGAAUUCCUGUUGGGAAGCCUGACUGGCCUUGUUUCCAAGUCGAUGAAUAUGAAAACUGAAAUGGACUGUGUCCCACUGUCUGCAGAGAGAAGUGGGUGGUGACUUAUGCACAAACACUAUAAAGAUCUCUCAUCUCUGUAUUUUGUGCUUGCUAUAGGAGACUUUGUUUCUUUGACAAGCUGCUAGAGCAUCUCCUCUUGCUGGCAAGACGGCAGCCUUCCAGGCGCUGGAUCCCCUUUGCUAUUGCAGCAGCACUGUGUGUUCCUCACCAAGGGGUUCCCUGCUUUCUCUUGGAUGAAGGCCUUCGUGUUCCAGCAGGUGCAGUCACUGUUUGUGUAGAUAUGCAGUCAGGUCCUAUCUGUCUUAGCAAUGUAAGAAGUAAAGGUACUUGGGAUAAGCCUCGCAGCUGUCUGUCCCAGGGCUGCAGGACAGAACACAGAUGAAGAAUUUUGACCACUUCUUAAUUGGGAAACUUGUACAUUUCAUUGUCUGUCUGCCAGUUUCAUAUUUCUUAUUAAUAAUUUCCUUGAAAAAGAAGCAAACCCAUGAAGUGUCUGAAGCCUGUGUUUUGUCUUGCCUGACUUUGUGAGAAAUCAGU